AUGGUUGCUCUGCGCGUUAUCUGCGGCUUCCGAGACGUGGCCACGGAGACGGCGGGUGUGCUGGCGGGGGUACCCCCUCUGGCCCUCCUGGCAAAAAUGUACGCGACGAAGUACGCUCGUCGCGUCGAGCUGCUACAGAAGGGUCUUGUAGAGAACAACCUGCGGGAGGCCCUCGUCAACUCGGAGCGCCAGGCCCGACAACAGCUGCUCCUGGACUGGGAGCAGCAUUUGGACGAGCCUCGGGCGGCAGUCCAAAAAGUUGUUGCGGUGAUCCGACCCCACCUGCAGGUGUGGUUGCAGAACGGGGUCGGACACCUCACCUACAGGGUGACACAGGUGCUCACCGGGCAUGGUUGCUUCGGUGAGUACCUGUGUCGCAUAGGCAAAGAGCCAACGGCACAUUGCCAUGCGUGCGGGGCAGUCAGCGACUCGGCGGAGCACACCGUGGAGGAGUGUCUACGGUGGGCAGACGACCGCCGAGAGCUGGCUGCCAAUAUCGGAGUCGACCUCUCCCUGAAUGGCCUUCUUAAGGCACUUGCUUCCGGGGCAGAGGAAAAGUGGAGAGCGGCGGAAGAAACACUUGCUGCGGUGACGUUACUUCUUGUAGUGAAGACAGUUCUUUCCGUUGUGAAAGAAGAGAUGACGGUGCUUCUUGAAGUGAUGGUGAUACAGGUUCCUGAGGUGUUUUACACGAAGAAUCAAGAAGAUCGAAAACGUUGA